CAAAGAGGAGGGAGGAGAAGAGGAGGGAACUGGCCUGGGAGGGAUCGUGGGAGAAGGCGGAAUGUGGGAGGGCUCAAGGGGACGUGGGAGGAACGAAAGGGCUGGGGGAGAAAGGGGGGUAAGUCUCCCCUGGACAAGCACUUUUUUUGUAAGUCCUAGGACUGAACUCCAGGACCAGGACUCUUCUCCCAGCCGCUACGGCCCCCGCUCAGCCACAGGCCUUCCUUGCCAUGCGACCUGUCAGUGUCUGGCAGUGGAGCCUGUGGGGGCUGCUGCUGUGCCUGCUGUGCAGCUCGUGCCUGGGAUCUCCAUCCCCAUCCACGGCCCCUGAGAAGAGGGCUGGGAGCCAGGGGCUACGGUUCCGGCUGGCCGGCUUCCCCAGGAAGCCCUUCGAGGGCCGCGUGGAGAUCCAGCGGGCUGGCGAAUGGGGCACCAUCUGCGAUGACGACUUCACACUGCAGGCUGCCCAUGUCCUAUGCCGGGAGCUGGGCUUCACAGAGGCCACAGGCUGGACCCACAGUGCCAAAUACGGCCCUGGAACAGGCCGCAUCUGGCUGGACAACCUGAGCUGCAGUGGGACUGAGCGGAGUGUGACUGAAUGUGCCUCCCGGGGCUGGGGGAACAGUGACUGUACCCACGAUGAGGAUGCCGGGGUCAUCUGCAAGGACGAGCGCCUCCCCGGCUUCUUGGAUUCCAAUGUCAUUGAGGUAGAGCAUCACCUGCAAGUGGAGGAGGUACGAAUUCGACCAGCCGUUGGGCGGGGCAGGCGGCCCCUGCCCGUGACUGAGGGACUGGUCGAAGUCAGGCUUCCAGACGGCUGGUCGCAAGUGUGUGAUAAAGGAUGGAGCGCCCAUAACAGCCACGUGGUCUGCGGGAUGCUGGGCUUCCCUAGCGAAAAGAGGGUCAACGUGGCCUUCUACAGAAAGUUGAGGAAGCGAGCGGCCAAAGCCUCGGCCCGACGCUCCAAGCCCCUUGGAAGGGUUCUUCUGCUGCAGAAGGUCCCCAAGGACCAGCCCCCGUCCAGGCUGCUGGCCCAGCGGCAGCAACACUCCUUUGGUCUGCAUGGGGUGGCGUGCGUGGGCACGGAGGCCCACCUCUCUCUCUGCUCCUUGGAGUUCUAUCGUGCCAAUGACACCACCAGGUGCCCUGGGGGGGGCCCUGCGGUGGUGAGCUGUGUGCCAAGCCCUCUCUACGCAGCGUCCAGUGGCCAGAAGAAGCAACAGUCGAAGCCUCAGGGGGAGGCCCGAGUGCGAUUAAAGGGUGGAGCCCACCCAGGAGAGGGCCGGGUAGAAGUCCUGAAGGCUGGCACGUGGGGCACAGUCUGUGACCGCAAGUGGGACCUGCAGGCAGCCAGUGUGGUGUGUCGGGAGCUGGGCUUCGGGAGUGCUCGAGAGGCUCUGAGCGGUGCCCGCAUGGGGCAGGGCAUGGGUGCCAUCCAUUUGAGUGAAGUUCGAUGCUCUGGCCAGGAACCCUCCCUCUGGAAGUGCCCCCACAGGAACAUCACAGCUGAGGACUGUUCCCAUAGCCAAGAUGCUGGAGUCCGAUGCAACCUGCCCUACACUGGGGUAGAGACCAAGAUCCGACUCAGCGGGGGCCGCAGCCGACAUGAAGGGCGAGUCGAGGUGCAAACAGGAGGACCUGGGUCCCUUCGCUGGGGCCUCAUCUGUGGGGAUGACUGGGGGACACUGGAGGCCAUGGUUGCCUGCAGGCAACUCGGACUGGGCUAUGCCAACCAUGGCCUGCAGGAGACCUGGUACUGGGACUCAGGGAAUAUAACAGAGGUGGUGAUGAGUGGAGUGCACUGCACAGGGACUGAGCUGUCCCUGGACCAAUGUGCUCAUCAUGGCACCCACGUCGCCUGCAAGAGGACAGGAAGCCAUUUCACUGCUGGAGUCAUUUGUUCUGAGACCGCGUCAGAUCUGCUGCUGCACUCAGCACUGGUGCAGGAGACCGCGUACAUCGAGGACAGGCCCCUGCACAUGUUGUACUGUGCUGCUGAAGAGAACUGCCUGGCUAGCUCGGCCCGCUCAGCCAACUGGCCUUACGGCCACCGGCGUCUGCUCCGAUUCUCCUCCCAGAUCCACAACCUGGGACGCGCUGACUUCAGGCCCAAGGCUGGGCGCCACUCCUGGGUGUGGCAUGAGUGUCAUGGGCAUUAUCACAGUAUGGACAUCUUCACUCACUAUGAUAUCCUGACCCCCAACGGCACCAAGGUGGCUGAGGGCCACAAAGCUAGUUUCUGUCUAGAAGACACCGAGUGUCAGGAGGAUGUCUCCAAGAGGUAUGAGUGUGCCAACUUUGGAGAGCAGGGCAUUACUGUGGGUUGCUGGGAUCUCUACCGGCAUGACAUCGACUGUCAAUGGAUUGACAUCACAGAUGUGAAGCCAGGAAACUACAUUCUGCAGGUGGUCAUCAACCCCAAUUUUGAAGUAGCAGAAAGUGACUUCACCAACAAUGCAAUGAAAUGUAACUGCAAAUAUGAUGGACAUCGCAUCUGGGUGCACAACUGCCACAUUGGCGAUGCCUUCAGUGAAGAGGCCAACAGGAGGUUUGAACGCUACCCUGGCCAGACCAGCAACCAGAUCAUCUAAGGUGCCACCACCCUCCUCUGCAGACCACAACUGGCCCCUAAUGGCAGGGGUCUGAGGCUGCCAUUACCUCAGGAGCUUACCAAGGAAUCCUUGACGUCAGCAGGCCCACGGCACUCAUCCAUUGUGCACUGUGGGUGUAGAACUGUCAAGCAGAAGUUAUUGCCCUCCUUUUACGCCGGCUGUCUGGAUCUGUGGCCAGGCAUGGGGAAUUUUGCUCCCAGGCCCAGCACCAAACCAAGCACGCCACAAAGAGGCGCACCUGAUUGACUGCCCAGGAAAAGACAGCAGCAGCUCGUUUUCUUAAACAGGGAGGUCAGAAUGGUCAACUCCAAUAUCUCCUCUCAGUUCAGGGAGAUACGGCUUUACCUCUAGCCUUUUUGUGGGGGGAAAGAGCAGUGCGCCACCCUUCCCCUCAUUUUUGAGUAUAACAUGUUGCUAGGUAUAAUUUUAUUUUAUAU